AUGCCCUCCCCCGUCCUCAUCCUCACCGGCGCCAGCCGCGGCCUCGGCUUCGCCAUCGCCCAGCGCCUCCUCUCGGCCCACGGCGCCCGCCUCGUCACCCUUCAGCGCACAAUUACCCCCGACCUCUCCCAGCUCGCCGAGACCUACCCUGAGCGUCUCGUCAAUGUCUCAGGAGACGUCGCAAAGCCCGAAGACAAUGUCAAGGCCGUGCGCGCCGCGAUCGACUCGUUUGGCCAGCUCAACGGCCUCGUCCUCAAUGCCGGCUCGCUCGAGCCCAUGGGCAAGCUGGCCGACGUGCCGCUCGACGCGCUCGUCCCCUCGCUGCAGACCAACCUCCUCUCAGCCCUGUACCUGCUCCAGCCGGCACUGCCGUACCUGCGCAAGGCGGCGGAGGGGGGCCAGCCGUCGCGCGUCGUGUUCGUCUCGUCCGGCGCCAGCGGGACAGGAUACCAGGCCUGGGGCAUGUACUCUAUGAACAAGGCGGGGCUGAACUCGUUCGCGCGCACGCUGGCCACGGAAGAAAGGGAGAACGGCGUUGCGUUCUUCUCCGUGCGGCCUGGUGUUGUUGACACCGACAUGCAGGGCGCCAUCCGCUCCCAGGGGCCGGCCGUCAUGGACCCGGCCCAGAUGAGCAAGUUCGAGUCGCUGCACAGGGAGGGCAAGCUCCUCCCGCCCGCUAAGCCCGGGAGCGUCAUUGCCGGCCUCGCCGUGGAGGGCAGCCCGGAGUGGAGCGGCGAGUACGUUGACUGGGCCGACGAAAGGUUCAAGCAGUGGCAGGCGUGA